AUGAAGGCUGUUCUCCUCGUUUUACUGGCCGUCGCCGUGACAACAAACGCUCAAAUAGGGCUCUUUAACCGGUAUAAUCGCUUUGGCGGCCUUUUAGGACGUGGAGGAGCCCGUGGCUUUGGAAACUUUGGCAGAUUCAACAACUUGGGUAAUUUCGGUUUCCUUGGCUUCCCAGGAACCGGGUCAGUAGCGGGCUUCGGAUUCGGCUUUCCAACAACUGGUAGGACCGUCAACGGUUUCAAUAAUUUCCAGCCGGGUCUGAGUGGUUUCCAAGGAUUUCCAACCUUCUCCGGUUUCACCGGUUCCAACAACGGAUUCACCGGUUUCAACAACGGACUCAAUGGAUUCAACGGGCUGGCCGGACUGAACGGAUUCAGCGGGCUGAACGGACUGAACGGAUUCAGCGGACUGAACGGGCUGAAUGGACUGAACGGAUUCAGCGGAUUCAACGGGCUGAACGGAUUCACCGGAUUUAACGAUCUGAACGGAUUCAACGGGGUGAACGGACUCAACGGACUCAACGGACUCAACGGAGUUAACGGAUUCAGUGGGUUCACCGGAUUGAACGGAUUCAGCGGAUUUCCAAACAAUGGUUUUACAUUCCCAGCGGCAACCAGUACCGGAAGUGGAUCAGGAACAGGAGACAGCGUCACUGGGUAG